UUUAAAAAUUGUUGAUUUGGUAAAAUGUGAUUAGUGACGGUUAAUUGGAUAUCAUUAUUUAUUCUUUUUCCGUUAACAAGUCAUUUGAUUAUUCAAUCCAUAUAAAUCACUUUGGAAAUCGAUGAAGAAAGACAUUAUUAUUUGUGGCACAUUUGGAAUAUUAUUCUUGGAAUUCAUCAAAUCAAGCGACGAUUUCUGCCCUGCACAGCACAGCUGAAUCAAAAAGGAACACACCAAAUUAUUGUCGGAUUUUAAAUACAUUUUUAAAUAUUUCCGACAUCCAAAAUUAUUAAAUGGGUUAAUAUAUUUUCUCUUCUUUGUUUGUCUAUUCCUUGCACAAAAUAAUUUCAAAAAUAGGCGAAAAUUUUUAUUUCAGCCUAUGUUACGUUAUUUUUAACCUAAUUAUGUAAAAUAAUUUAUUCGACUAUUGACAUUAUCUAUAUACAUGAUGACUAAUAAACGUAUGUCUGAAAUUGGAUACCUAAAACCCCCUCCUCCUUCCGAAAUUAUAUAUAAAAAUUUGCAUUUUCUUAUCAUGGAUCGCCCAACAGAUGAAAAUAUUCACUAUUUUUUAGAGGAACUAAAAUCAAAAAAUGUCAAAGAUGUUGUCAGGGUUUGUGAUCCAACUUAUCAAACAAAAGUAUUAUCAGCUGAGGGGAUUCGAGUUUUGGACUGGCCAUUUGAUGAUGGAAAGGCUCCUCCAACCACUGUUGUUGAUGACUGGUUUGAACUCUUGAGAGAAAGGUUUAAUAAAGAUCCUGAAUCCUGUGUUGCUGUCCACUGUGUCGCUGGACUAGGCAGGGCUCCUGUACUAGUUGCCAUUGCCCUCAUUGAGAGUGGUAUGAAAUACUAUGAUGCAGUGGAAUUGAUUAGACAAAAAAGACGGGGAGCUAUAAAUUCUAAACAAUUGGAAUAUCUUGAACAUUAUCGACCCAAAUCCAGGCUCAAAGUCAAGGCCUCCAAUAAACAAUGUUGCAUAUCUUAAAAUAUCCUGCCUUGCAUCUCCAUCCAUCCACACACAUCAAUUAUCUUAACACCUUAAAAAAUCAAUAGUGUUCUCAAUCCUUAAUAUGAUUACUACAUGAUUUUUUAAGAAAUAUUCCCAAAGAUAUUGUUAUCAAUCAUUGCUCCAUUUCAUCUUAUUCCCAUUGUAACAAUCCGUAUUCAUUUAUAUUUUAUUUUAAUCAACCAAAUUUUUUUAUAGUUUUCCCCAAGAGAGGAGGGGGGUUUGUAAAAUAUGUAACAUUACUUAAAUUAUUUCGUGAAAAUAAAAUGGUUUAGAAAUUACUA